AUGUCCUUGUCUAGCUAUGCAGCUGACUCGGUAUCGAAUGUCCCAGGAGACAUCUCGACUGUGCCAACCACACCAGACAGAAGUCGAUCUGGUAGCCCAGGUCUUGACGAUAGCAACGAUGAAGCAGACAAAUCAUCCGAGAAGGUCUCCCCCAUGAUGGACAGAGAUACCACACAUAGGGUGCCUGCGAAAGCCAUUCGAAGCAUCUGUGUUGUUGGUGCUGGGUAUGUAGGUGGACCAACCGCUGCCAUCGUCGCAUACAAGAACCCACACGUCAAGGUCACGGUGGUCGAUAGAGAUGACCGUCGGAUCAGAAGAUGGAACUCGCGCCAUCUUCCCAUCUACGAACCGGGCCUCAGCGAGAUUGUUCGUAUCGCGCGCGAUGGUUUACACGGUCCGGAUGACAAGAAACCUGUCGAAGCUCAAGACACGUCAGACCUUGGGGCACGAUCGCCAAAUCUUUUCUUUUCCACUGAUGUAUCUCAGUGCAUCCAAGACUCCGAUGUCGUGUUUAUUGCAGUAAACACCCCGACAAAAAUGCGCGGCACAGGCAAAGGUAGCGCAACUGAUAUGACAUCCUUUGAAGCCGUAGCAGCGGAAGUCGUUCGUCAUGCAAAGAACAACACGAUUAUUGUCGAGAAGUCAACGGUACCUUGUAGAACAGCACAGAUGAUCCAAGAGAUGAUCUCUCUCCAAAGACCCGGCGAACAGUUCGAAAUCCUCUCAAACCCCGAAUUCCUCGCAGCAGGAACAGCCGUUCAAGAUCUGCUCCAUCCAGACCGAAUCAUUAUUGGUUCUGCUCCCACACCUGAAGGUCGCGCCGCAGCAGAGUCUCUGGCAGGCGUGUACUCUUCUUGGAUCGACCGAUCGCGCAUUCUCACAACCAACGUUUGGUCGUCGGAAUUGGCAAAACUUGUCGCCAACUCGAUGCUCGCUCAGCGCCUGAGCAGUAUCAACAGCAUUUCGGCAAUCUGUGAAGCUACAGGUGCCGAAGUGAACGAGGUUUCUGCCGCCAUCGGAAUGGAUACACGUCUAGGCAAGUCCUUCCUGCGAGCGGGUAUUGGAUUCGGUGGGUCUUGCUUCAAGAAGGAUAUUGCCAGUCUGGCCUAUAUCGCCGAGUCCCUGGGUCUGGAUGAAGUCGCACAUUACUGGCGCCAAGUCAACGUGAUGAACGAAUACCAGAGGGAUCGCUUUGCUGCUCGAGUUAUCCGCCACCUGAAUAGCACACUCGUCACUAAGAAGAUUUGUAUCCUGGGCUAUGCAUUCAAGCCCAACACGUCGGACACACGAGAAGCGCCAGCCCUCGAAAUUAUCAAGACGCUUUUAGACGAAAACCCGCGCGAGAUUGCGAUCUUUGACCCUUGCUGCAACCGUCUUGUCAUUGAGAAUGAGAUUCGAGCCCUUCAGCCCUAUGGCUCCCCUGUUCUCAGCGAGGAUGGGGGCUGUGUGAAGGUCUACUCUGAUGUCUAUGAGGCUUGUGCUGACUCAAACGCGGUCUUGAUUGUGACCGAUUUCCCUGAAUUCAAGAAUUCCCCUGUGAUCGCCAGCCCGCCGACCCUCCAGGCAAAGGUCACUCAGAAACCGCAAAAAGCCACCCCAUCAAACACAUCUUCUCCCCUCAGAGUGUUAUCUCACGAACGUUUCAAGGCCGAACCGGAUUGCUCUGCCGAUUGUCCGGACUGUCAAUCAGGGAUCACAUACGGUGAAUCAAAUCUUGGUGUGGACAAAGAUGUUCCAAAACAGCAAGUCAACUGGAAGAAAAUUGCCGGAGAGAUGAGAUCGCCCAAGUGGCUAUUCGAUGGAAGAUGUAUCAUCAAUAUUCCAGAAAUGACCAAGCUUGGCAUCCGUGUUGAGAGCAUCGGGUCUGCUGGUCUGGCGGUUUGA